GAUAUCAUCAGAGAGCAGCUCUACAACACUCAUCGUCGCCUUGGGAAAGUGAUUUGACACUGAGUUGCUGUAUACCAACAGCUUAGAAAGUAAUAGAAGUGAACAGCGCACAUAGACAGACUUGGUGGACAUCAACAGUGAUAACCGAUCCCAUAGAACAAGUAUUAUCAGACUGAGGAUCUAAGCUCCAGUGAUGGUGAGUGUGGCUAGGCUGGUGUUGAUGAUGGGGCUGCUGCUGUGUCUGGGAGCCCAGCUGUCCUCCUCCCAACACUGGUCCCAUGGCUGGUACCCAGGAGGCAAGCGGGAACUGGACUCAUUUACCACCUCUGAGAUUUCAGAGGAGAUUAAACUCUGUGAGGCAGGAGAAUGCAGCUACCUGAGACCACAGCGAAGGAACAUCCUUAGGAACAUUCUUUUGGAUGCCCUGGCCAGAGAAUUCGAGAAGAUAAAGUAACCUAUCAACUGAAGCUGACUUAAAUCCUUCCUUGUCUAUCUGUUUAUUUCAAAUGACCUCUAUUCUAAUCUUAUGUCCUUUGACCCAAUUUUAUGGUUUAUCAAUUUUGAUAAUAAUGUCGCAUCCCUCCUUUACCCUUGCACCCUCUUUAUUGUCCCUUUAGACUCAAUUACAGAUGUAACAUCAUGCACAUGCCAUUUCCUGUAAUAAAGUAUCUAUUUUGUUAUU